AUGGCUCCUUUUGAGGACUUGUAUGGCAGGAGAUGUAGAUCUCCUAUCGUGUGGCUUGAAGUUUAUGAGGCUGAGAUGUUUGGCCUGGAUUUGGUUCACCAAGUGAUGAAAAAGGUGAAGUUGAUUCGGGAUAAGAUUAAGAUCGCUCAAAGUCGCAAAAAGUCCUAUGCAGACAUGAGGCAAAGAGAAUUGGAAUUUAAGGUGGGAGAUUGGGUUUUCCUAAAGGUGUUUCCCAUAAAAGAAGUGAUGCAUUUUGGGAAGAAGGGGAAGCUCAGCCCUCAUUUUGUUGGCCCGUACCUGGUUGUGAAGAGGGUGGAUAUUUUAGAUUCAUUGUCUUAUGAGGAAGUUCUGGUGGAAAUUUUGGAUUGGCAAGUCCAUCGGUUGCGUACGAAGGAUGUGGCUUUGGUAAAGGUUUUUUGGUAG